AUGCAGAUCUCCAGCACCAACAACGUGGUUGCGAAGACCACCUCCCCAACACGUGUCGACACCGACAUCCAAACUGACAAGACUACGCAUUGGGACGCAGGAGUCCAGACGGACUUCAUAGGCGCUGGAAUUCGGGAUGGGGGUGAGAGUGCUCGUGUGGUUGUUUUCCCAAAUCCCGAAAACACCACCUUCAAAAAUCUGCAGCUCGAAGUCAACACGAGUUCAGUGGAGACUCUCUCCAUCAUGCCUCAUGCACGCAAUGUUGAGAUCGACGGCGCGUUCAUUGCCGUCAACGCCAAUUUGCCAGCAAACGGGCCAUCCGUAGAAGAGGAGGAGGAGCAAGACAUUGAUAUCGUGAAUACAAGCCCCCUCGAGAACGAGGUGGAGGAAUCCAAUGACGAUGAAAAAGAUCAUCAACCGUCCUCCAUAGAAGAAGAAACCCACUUCAAUGAAGAGGUGGAAAGUUUGCAUUCUGACCAAUUAUUUAGGAUAUAUUUCGAUGAGGAGGAAGAGGAGGAGGAAUACGACUCACUCUCAGCACAAGAAGAGAGGCUCAGGGUCUUGGAAGAUAUCAUGAGUGCCAAAGAAUACGCUGACCUAUGGGAAACUCAUAAGCUUUCGUUGUGUUUCAAGACCAUAUUUAAAUCAAUGUUCCAUCCAGGAAACGAAGACCUAACUGAAGAAGAUGUCGACAAUCUGCGCGCAUUCAAGCUAAGAAUGAUAUCCAACAUGUCUCGCAUCGCGUUUGACCAGAUGCAUUCCGCGUUCACACACAAGAUGGAGAUCAGUUCCCUCUACAUGAUCAUUCAUCAGAUGAGAAUGUUUGCCAACCCCAAGCGUGUUGAAGAGCUCUUGUAUCGCUAUAAUUACAAACCAAGUUCAACCUCCAUUGAGGACAUUUUUGAUUCCUUGCACUACCAAAACCUGUGCAACACAUAUGUGACCGUCGACAACAAAACCCUCAACCACAAGUAUUUUUCUGGCAAGAAUGACAUCGCGUUCGCCAUAUCUUUGGAUUCCUACUUGCUCUACAAGCACAACCGAGGAGGGCCGUCUGCAACUCCGUUGAUUCUCCAACUCUACAACCUGCCACCUCAGCUGCAGACUCAUAUCAACCGCAUCAUCUGCUGUGGCGUUAUCCCCAGGCCUAAAGGGCCCAAACGAUUAAAUACCUUUUUGAAUCCUUUUGAGGAUGAGUGUGUGGACCUUGCGUACGGUGUCAAGACAUUCGACUGCACCGCCCGAGACUACUUUGAAAUGCGCAGGUACAAUAUGUUCUUGCAUGCAGACAUCAUAGUGCUUGAAAAGUUUUUGAACACAAAGGGUCACAACGCCAAGUGCCCAUGCAGAUCCUGUAAAAUCAAGGCCGUAAAUGAUCCGAAAUUGACAAAUAAAACCUACUAUGUUCCAUUGCGUCAUCCAACCACAAAUCACAUUUGGGAUGCAUCAAAACUACCACUGCGAACUCAUCAAGAUUGGGCAGAAACUGAUAAACUUCUAAAAGAGGCAUGCACCAAGACAGCAUGGGAGGAGAUCGUGCAGGAUACCGGAAUUAAAGGUAUGCCGGCCUUGACGCGUGUCGGGUCCUUGAAUUAUGGUCGAGGCAUGCCCUGGGACUACAUGCAUCUCCUGCUUGAAAAUGUGGUGAAAAAUCUAUUUUUCUUGUGGCGUGGUUCAUUCAAGACACUCACUGGCGAGGAAGACCAGCCCUACGUCAUUCCUAAACACAUCUGGGCCCAGAUUGGCGCAGAGACUAUUGGCUCGAUCAAGUAUAUUCCCUCCUGUUUUGUUCAGUCCAUCAAGAACAUAGCCGAGGAUACGACAAUGAUGACCGCCGAAGCGUGGUCAUUCUGGUUUAUGUACAUGGCUCCUCACCUUCUAAAAGGCCGACUUGAUUCCAGGUACCACAGCCAUGCAUGCGACCUUGUGGAUAUCAUGAAAGCCUGCACGAAAUUCUCGAUAACUCACGAUGAAAUAAAUGACCUCGAGAAACGAAUUAUCAAAUGGGUUCAGGAUUAUGAAAAGUGA